CCCGACUUAGUUUUGUGCCACAUAGCUGAAUUUUAAACACGGCAGCAGGUCAUAUUCUGCCCGCGGCUUACCCUGACUGACGGGAGGGCUCUUGUCAAAUUUUUGGAGCCUCACUUUAUAUACUUGACCUUUUUUUGAGGGUGGGCGGCAGGCUCCAAAUUCAUCUGACGCAUUAACUAUAUAAUACAUUUUUAUUUUCACUUGACAGGGACUUCAGAACUUGUCACAGUUAUGGAGUUUGUGUGACUUUCAUGUUAUGACGAAUGAAACGUAGUUGCAUACUCAGUCCAAAGAGCUUAUUGCUGUUUCUUUGUUUGUUGACAUGCAGAAAGCUGCGUGAGGCCACAAACGCUCACAAGAAUGCCGAGAGAGCAGCCAUGAGAGCUCACUUCCGGAGAAAAUAUCAACUGUCAGAGGACUCCAAGGACGCUGGCCACCUGAAACGCGUUGGCGGCAAAGUGUCGCUCCCCCGCGAGCUGUCCAAGCUGGUGCGUCCCGACAGCAAGACCAAGGAUGAUGGCUUCAACCUGCUCGGUGCCUUCCAAGGCCUCCGCUUGGGCCCGCUGAUGGAGGGCAAACCCGCCACCAACGCCCCACAGAGGGGAAGGUCUUGUCAAGUCAUGUGAUGGACGCACAAACUCUUGAGUGCAGUUGCACUCCCAUCGCAAGCACUGUUCUAUUGUUCAAUAAUACGGUGGUGUCUUUAUAGGGCAAGGAAUUGUAUUUGCUAUUUGAGUCAAAUGGACGCUACGCAUCUCCCUCAAAGGCACUAGAACUUUGUGAUAUCCCAGACAAUCAGUCAAAACAAGUAAUCCCAUUUGUAUAUUGUAUACAAUACAAUCUUGUACGUUAUUCAUUUUAAACUGAUUUGAGAAUAAACUAUGUCAUCAAUUUGCUUGAUUUGUAAACGAUCCAAUUGUAUUUAAUAUACUAGAAUAAAAUGACAUGAUUCAGCAGGUAUCUAUUUUUUCAAGUCUAGAACAGUGCUAUCUAA